UCACUCAUAAGCCUCAUUCAGUACGCUGCAAUGGAAUAGAUAGAAACCAUUGUAUUUCGCAGUGUGUACAACAUUAGCAAAGUGGUGAAGACGAUAGAAGUCUGCAGUCGCAAAAAAAAGUAGAUUCAAGUCAAUACGAGUUGGACUGAGUUGAUGAGAGAGUCAUGAAAACAAAAGCGACGGCGGUGCUGGAAUUGUGUAUGAUCUGCUCCCGAUCGAUCGAAUAUCCUAAUCAAGCCAAAACUUACAGACCCGGAGAUAAGCUUGUUUUUAACCGUGACGUCCAUGCCGAGCUGACUGACCAUGGAGAGCACCUCUCGAUGAAUCUCCAUGUCGCAAUUCUUGAGAACUACAGCUGUUAUAAUCUUCCCCGUUUCGACGUCCCACAACCUCACUUUCCCAUCAUCUCUUUCACCUGCAACACUCUCGCUGUUCGGAGACAAUGCACUCUUACUGCCCCGACUGCUGUGAGACCUUCGACAUUUUUCCCGACACACACCCAGGAAGUCUAUGGUCGAUUAUGCAAAGAUUUCCCCUACGCACGCGCUGCCUUUCUCUCACAUGCAGCAUUCUGUAGUGCUCAUCUUUUGACGGAGGUUCAGGCCUCAUCGACGGAUCAUCGAUCGAUAACUUACCGACAUGAAGGAGUCACUCGGGCAUCAAGCGACACUUCCCAAUAAUGAAGUAGCCUUGAUCUGUGGAUUAUGUUGCAGGUAAGCAUUGUAUCAGAACACUGACCAUUUGCU